AUGGUCAUUGUCAGAGUCUUAGUGCUGCAUGGUGAGCGUGUGUGUUCGUCUCCUCCUAUCUCAUCAUGUUCAGAGUGCCUCCAACGCGGACCACGGUGUGCCUGGUGCUUUCAGGAGCGUUUCCUGGAUGGAGCUGAGGUGGGAGAGCGCUGUGACCUGGCAGUGACCCUGGCCAGGAGGGGGUGUGGCCUAGAAUUCAUAGAGCAUCCAGAGAUCAUGGUGGAGGUCAACCCUACGACCAGCAGAACCCAGGUUUCACCUGGAGAGAUCACACUCACACUCCGACCAGGUGCUGAGGCCAGUGUGGUAGUAGCAGUACAACAGUUAGAGAGGUAUCCUGUUGAUCUGUACUCCCUGGUGGACGUAUCAGCAUCCAUGCAGGACAACCUGGACCAGCUGAAGAAGGUGGGCGUGGCCUUGUCCACCCGUAUGAGAGAACAUUCCAGUGAUCUGCGCCUGGGGUUCGGCUCCUUUGUCGACAAAAAUGUCUCACCCUACAUCAACGUACACCCCUCCAAGUUAAAUAACCCCUGCAGUGACUACGAGGUGAAGUGUCUUCCAGCUCAUGGCUUCCACCAUGUUCUUAGUAUGACGUCCAACAUGUCAGAAUUUACACGCAUCAUCAAGAGACAGAGGAUAUCAGGCAACAUGGACACACCUGAGGGAGGGCUGGAUGCUAUGCUGCAAGCUACUGUAUGCCAGGGAGAGGUGGGUUGGCGUGGGGAGGCCAAGCGUCUAUUGUUGUUGAUGACAGACCAGCCUUCUCACCUGGCGUUGGACAGCAGACUGGCUGGUAUAGUCACACCCCAUGAUGGACUCUGUCAUCUGGAGAACAGUGUUUAUAUGAAGAGUUCUACCAUGGACCAUCCCAGUUUAGGCCUGCUGGCCGAGAAGCUUCUAGAGAACCACAUCUAUUCUCUCUUUGCCGUGGAACAACUACAAUAUCAGUGGUAUGAGGAGCUGGUCACGUUGCUACCGGGCUCCAGUGUUCUGUUCCAGGCUCCCAACCUCAUAGACCUGGUAGUGGAUGCAUACAAGGUCUACUUCAACAUCACCAUCGGCCUGCUGUCCUGUCCUGACGAUGAUGAUGAAGAUGACGUGGUCCAGGUAUUUGUCAGGCCCGUGGGUUACAAUGAGUCAGUCGUCAUCGAGGUUCGAUCACGAUGUCGCUGUCACCGUUGCCACGACGACGCAACCCACCAGUCGUCUUGUGGAGAGGACACCCCAGACACAGAUGAUAAUAAUCAAGAAUGUAUCUGUGUUGACAGUGUGGACAGUGUGUCUGUGUGGACAGUGUAUCUGUGUGGACAGUGUAUCUGUGUUGACAGUGUGGACAUGUGUCUGUGUGGACAGUGUAUCUGUGUUGACAGUGUGGACAGUGUGACAGUGUAUCUGUGUGGACAGUGCAUCUGUGUUGACAGUGUGGACAGUGUCUCUGUGUGGACAGUGUCUCUGUGUGGACAGUGUGGACAGUGUAUCUGUGUGGACAGUGUAUCUGUGUGGACAGUGUGGACAGUGUGGACAGUGUGUCUGUGUGGACAGUGUGUCUGUGUGGACAGUGUGAGUGUGUAUCCAGAGGGCGGUACAUGA